AUGUUUUGUUUUUCUUUUUUUUCCCACAAUACUUUCUUUCUAAACACUUCGACCAGUUUCUGUAUUUUAACUCUUUCUUACUCUAACCCCUACUAUCAUUCAGUACAUUUACUCUCUUUCAUACUUAAUUUACCGUAUUCUUCUUUCUUUCUUUCUUUCUUUCUUUCUUUCUUUCUUUCUUUCUUUCUUUCCUUUUUCUUCUUUCUUUCUUCCCGUUUCUUUCAUUUUCUUUCUUUUUUUCCACAAUACCUUCUUUCUGAACACUUAGAACAGUUUCUGUAUUUUAACUCUUUCUUACUCUACCCCUACUCGCAUCCAACCCAGUUACUCUUUUCUUACUUAAUUUACCUUCUUCUUCUCCUUCUUCUUCUUCUUCUUCUCCUUCUUCUUCUUCUUCUUAUUAUUAUUAUUAUUAUUAUUAUUAUUAUUAUUAUUAUUUCUUUCCUUUUUUUCUUUGUUUCCUUUUUUAUUCUUUCUUUUUUCUUUCUACUUUUCUUCUUUCUUUCUUCUUUUGGCUUCUUUUUCAUUAUUGAUUACUUCUUUUGUUUUCUUGUUGUAUUUCAUCUCAUUCUCCUUAAAUGUCUGAGGUGA